AUGUUAGUGUCAGAGAAAGUUUGGGGAAGCAGAAUAAAGGAAUUUCAUAUAAUUAAUCAUUCACCUGCCAUAGAUGCUAUACUGACAGUAGCUAAAGGGAUAUUGAACAAGAAAUUAUACAAUAGGAUAUUUUUGCAUCACACGUACGACAGUCUCUUGGAAAAAAUUCCUAAAGAUUUAUUGCCCAGCGAUUUCUGCGGCGACCAAAAAUCAAUCAAAGAACUUAUCGACGGUUUCGACGAGUUGCAGAAAUUGAAAGUUGAUGAGAAAUUGCGCCCGGAGCCGCUCAACAACUCCGAAGUCUUGGGAUAUUACGGGAGUUUCAAGAAGCUAGAUGUCGAUUGA